GUUGGUUUUAGUACUAGGUGUGUGGUUUUGGGCUUGUCAUUUGGAAAAGCCAAUUCCUGCUUCCCAUCCCAUUUUUUACUUCCUUUGGUGCCUCUCUGAGAGACUCUUUCAUUUGUGCCAUAGGUUUUGCAGAAACUGAGAGGUGUUCUCUGGUUGUGGGGAAUUGUGGGUGUCUUCAGAAAUUAACAGAGAAGCACAAAUGGGGCUCUCAAAUUUUCCUAGUGCAGCAGAGGGUGUGCUUCCAGUGCUGGUUAUGAACACAGUUUUGUCAGUGGCUCUGUUAAAGAACAUGGUAAGAUCUGUGCUCCAAGUGAUGGGUGCCAAUGUGAAUUCUCAGAGUUUUGAGGAAAACCCAGAUGGGUGUCCAGCAGAGAUGAUUGCAAGAGAGAGAAGAAUCUCCAUUUCCCAGUUCAAGUCUCUGCGCCACAGCAAAAGCAACAGCAACAGCAGGCCCAACAAUACUUGUGUGGCCAAAACAAACAGUGGGGCAAUGGAGUGUUGUGUUUGUCUGUGUGGUUUUGAAGCUGAGCAAGAGGUGAGUGAAUUGUCCUGCAAGCAUUUCUUCCACAAAGGUUGCUUGGAGAAGUGGUUUGACAACAACCAUUCUACUUGCCCUCUCUGCCGCUCUGUUGAUUAGAUAUACAACGACUCUACAGAGGGUCUUUUACUAAGAUGAGUUUUUUGGCUUUGGAAGCAUUUCAGCUGUACUUUGGUUUUUGUUUUUGGGCCUUCUCCUUCCCUGUUAUUUUUUAGCACAAAUUAGAGAAAAGUUCUUUAACAAUGUUGCUUUGCUUUAUUUUGUGCGUGUACAAGUACCAUGAAGAAUAAAAAGAACAAAAGAAGCAGGGGAUUUGAGGCAUUAAUUUGAAGCUUUAUCUGUGGUUUCUUUUGGCUU